UGCAGCGGGGCAAUGUAUUAACAUGGCGUCAGUGGUCGCUGUUUUGACCAGGGCCGUGGGAUUUCAAAAACAUUAUGUGGAAUAGAACCAUGAGGACAGCUAAACAAUAAUCCCAAAUCAACUGCAGAGCUCAAAUUUUUAGGUGUCCUGCCUCCCUGCUCAUCUUCAUUGUGGUGUUGACUCCACCAGGGACAGCAGUAGCAGGACAGGAGGGAUGGAUGAGUCUAUGAGUCCUGUAAAAUCAGUCAAACAGUCUCAGUCCAGAGGAGCCAAGACUUUGUCCAGUCAGAAGGAGGGAACAAAGUCUGCACCGAGUAGCAAGGAAAACCUCAUCGCUGCAAAGGAUGAACAUAAUAUAGGCAGUCAGGUAAGUCGUGCAUCAGGGAAGGCUUUUACUGAUAACUCCCUGGACAAGAAGAGAGGACGACCUGCCAGACUCGCCAGACUGACUGGAAGAACAAGUUCUGGGGAGAGAGGCAAAGGAAGAGCGGCAGGUUCUCAGCACCAGCUUGUGGCCCAGACUCCGGAGUCCAGAACGGCUCAGUCUGCGGAGAGCCGCUCCUUAGCAAAGAGAGAGACCAGCUCUCCUCUUUUACCUGGCACACCUGAGAGGGGCCUGGCAGGGCAGGCCAAGAGCUCAACUGGAGCUCCAGGAAAGGAGAAAUCACAUGCGGUGAAAGCUGCAACUCUGAUGCAUCAGUCUGCUGAAGAGGUCCCAGAGGUGAGGCCCCCUGAGGAGGAGGGACUGCUCACAGAGCAGCAGCUGGGCCUCCGACAGGCAGAGGAGCGCCUCUACAGAGACUACAUCCACCGACUGCUGAAACAGUCCCCCGAGUACCCAAACUAUCAGUACUUAUGCAAACUGUGUUCGGUGCACAUUGAGAACAUCCAAGGAGCACACAAACACAUCAAGGAGAAGAGGCACAAGAAGAACAUAAUGGAAAAGCAGGAGGAGAAUGAGCUGCGUGCUCUGCUGCCGCCCUCUGCCGCCCAGCUGAGGGCCGUGGACGCUGCCGUCCUGGAAACCGCCAGGCAGCAAGGGAUCUCAGAGGAGGACUUUGAGGUGCGAAAGGCGGUGGUUGCCAGGAUGGAGGACAUCAUAAAGAGGCACCUCUCAGCUUGUUCUCUCCGUUUAUAUGGUUCCUGUCUUACCCGAUUUGCCUUCAAGACGAGUGAUAUCAACAUCGAUGUCACCUACCCCUCCACAAUGACACAACCUGAAGUCCUGAUUAAAGUGCUGGAAAUCCUCAAAAACUGCACUGAAUUUGCUGAGGUUGAGUCGGAUUUUCACGCCAAAGUUCCUUCUGUGUUCUGUCGGGAUAGUAGAAGCGGCCUGAUGUGUAAAGUGAGUGCAGGCAAUGAUGUCGCCUGUCUCACCACCAACCACUUGGCAGCCUUGGCAAAACUGGAGCCCAGACUGGUUCCUCUGGUGCUGGCCUUCCGCUACUGGGCACGGCUGUGUCACAUUGACUGCCAGGCUGAAGGCGGCAUCCCUUCAUACUCCUUCGCCCUGAUGGUCAUCUUCUUCCUGCAGCAGAGAAAGGAGCCCAUCCUCCCAGUCUACCUGGGCCGUUGGGUUGAAGGCUUUGAUGUGAAACGAGUGGACGAGUACCACCUUACUGAAAUCGUGCUGGACAUGUUUGUGAAGUGGGAGCACAGACCUCCGAGCUCCCCAGAUGGACGAGACAACCGGAACGAGCCCAGAGGGGAAUGCAGGUCCAAACGAGAACAGAACAAAUCUGAUGAAACUAAAUACUCUGAGGGUCUGGUGAGUUCUACUUUGGCACAUAAUUAUAUUAGACAAAAGGAGGCAGUGUUGAUGUUGUUAUUCUGGUUUUUCUUACAGAGCCCCCUUACCCUGGAUCUGGCUAAAAGUGUGUCGCUGGGCCAGCUUUGGUUGGAACUCUUACGUUUCUACACGCUGGAGUUCGCUCUCGAGGAAUACAUCAUCAGCAUCCGCCUAAAGGAGCUCCUCUCCAGGGAGAUGAAGAACUGGCCUCGCCGCAGGCUCGCCAUUGAAGAUCCGUUUGCCUUGAAGAGAAAUGUUGCACGAAGCCUGAACAGCCAGAUGGUGUUCGAGUACAUCCAGGAGCGCUUCCGAACAGCUUAUAAAUACUUUGCCUGCCCCCAGAAGAGGGGCAACGGUGGACGUCAAAGGAACAAGAAGACACAGGGGCAGGCUGUAAAACUGGAAGGAGCCGAGAGGAAACGGGACACUCGCUCCAACAACGAAGAGGACGACUGCAAAGGGGAAGAAAGUGCUCAAAAGGAGGGGUCGAAGGAGGAUGAAGAGCCCGACGGCGAUGAUGAAGACGGUUCGGAUUUGUCCAGGAAAAGGGAUGAGAAGACUUUAGAUGCCAGCCUCUUGGACAUGGUGCUCAACGAGAGGAGCAAAACCUCCUUCUCCCCCAAUGGCCUGCUGGACAGUGACAAGGAAGGGGAAGAAGAAGAGGAGGAGGAUGAAGUGGAAGAGGAGGAAGACUGCGUUUCAGAGAGGGAUGUGCCUGUUUCAUCAGAGGAUGAUCUGCACUACGAGUUUGAUAAGAUGAUCUUCACUGGUGGGAAGCCUCCAACUGUUGUGUGCAGCAUCUGCAAACGAGACGGACACCUGAAAGACGAGUGUCCUGAGGACUUUAAGAAGAUUGAGCUGAAGCCUCUGCCUCCAAUGAACGACCGAUUCAGAGACAUCCUGGAUGGACUCUGCAGAUUGUGCUACUAUGAACUAUCGCCUUCACAUGUUGAGCAGCAGAAGAGGGAACAGAUCCUCGCCAGCCUGGAGAGGUUCAUAAGGAAGGAGUUCAAUGACAAAGCUCAGCUCUGUUUGUUCGGCUCUUCUAAAAAUGGUUUUGGCUUCCGCGACAGCGACCUUGACAUCUGCAUGACUCUGGAGGGUCAUGAGACUGCAGAGAAGCUGAACUGUAAAGAGAUCAUCGAAGGCCUUGCAAAAGUCCUAAAGAAGCAUACAGGUUUGAGGAACAUCCUGCCUAUCACCACAGCUAAAGUGCCUAUUGUGAAGUUUGAACACAGACAAAGUGGUUUGGAGGGAGACAUUAGUCUUUAUAACACCCUGGCUCAACACAACACCAGGAUGCUGGCGACGUAUGCAGCUCUGGAUCCACGUGUGCAGUUCCUGGGAUACACAAUGAAGGUCUUUGCAAAGCGCUGCGACAUUGGCGACGCUUCACGAGGAAGCCUCUCAUCCUAUGCUUACAUCCUGAUGGUGCUUUACUUCCUGCAGCAGAGGCAGCCACCAGUCAUCCCCGUCCUGCAGGAGAUCUUUGAUGGGAAGACUGUUCCUCAGCGGAUGGUGGAUGGCUGGAACGCUUUCUUUUUUGACAACCUGGAAGAUCUGCGUCGGCGUCUCUCGGACCGUCAGCCGAACACAGAGUCUGUGGGAGAGCUGUGGUUGGGGCUCCUUCGGUUUUACACCGAAGAAUUUGACUUUAAAGAGAACGUCAUCAGCAUCCGGCAGAGGAAACGCCUCACCACGUUUGAGAAGCAGUGGACCAGCAAAUGCAUCGCUAUCGAAGAUCCUUUCGAUUUGAAUCACAAUCUUGGUGCUGGAGUUUCUCGCAAGAUGACGAACUUCAUCAUGAAGGCCUUCAUAAACGGGAGAAAGCUGUUCGGAACGCCAUUCUAUCCUGUCCUCGGCACCGAAGUGGACUACUUCUUUGACUCGAAGGUGUUGACAGAUGGCGAGCUGGCGCCCAACGACAGGUGCUGCAGGAUCUGUGGGAAGAUUGGACAUUACAUGAAGGACUGUCCAAAGAGACGCAGGAUGAAGAAGAAAGAGAACGAUAAAGACGAGGACGUCAAAGAGGAGGAGCGGGAACCGAAGGACAGACGUUGUUUCCAGUGUGGAGACACGGGUCACGUACGAAGAGACUGUCCCGAGUACCGCCACCUCAAACAGAGGAAUGCCGGAGCGCCUGCUCCUCACAUGGUGCGAACUGUGAUGAGUUCCCAGAACAUCCCCCUUCCUCCGACCUCUGGAGAUGGUCCUGGAAGAACCAGACAGCCUUCUGAAUGUUCCGAUAGUCGGCAGACUCCGCCCUACUCCCCGCAGCCCACCACUGUCCAGCAGAGCUCCUCCCAAUCCUCCGGUUCCCCUCAACCCAAAACCAGUUCUGCUGGUCCCCAGAAGCAGCCGGCCCACCCCCAGGUUCCGUUGUCUCUCUUUAGCUAUCCUAGCUCCCAUCCAGGCCAGUAUCAUCCAGGGGCGCUGACGGCACUGGGGCUCCUUCCUUCACACCAGUCCCAGGGGCAGCCUCAUCACCCGGUCCACAUCCCCUCCACAUCCUGGCCAAUCCACGGUCCAGUCCUCACUUCGUCUACUCCCACCAUCCCCUCCCCGCCUGGCCUGAAAUUCGCCCUGCGUUCAGCGUCAGGGAAUGGGAGCCCCACCGGCUCAGGAGGCGGCCCCAGCCCCAUGAGUCUGAACGACCCGAGCAUCAUCUUCGCCCAGCCGGCGGGGAGACAACUGGGCAUCGGAGGGCCUGGACGAGAAGGACACUGGCACAACCACCUUGCACAACCUGGGUCACUUAUGGGCAAUGGCACUGUGGUCAAGUCAGAGUCGGGCCACCAAGCCCAGUCUGCAGGCGUGAGCCAGGGCUCUCGGUUAUGGGACCACAACAAACCCCCCCAGUACACCCUCUCUCCAUCCUGGCCCUACAGGAUGCCCCAGAACUUCAUCCAGCAGGGCAAUGGAGGCUUCCAGCCUGGCAAACCCUUCAUGACUCAAGGCGGCUCAGUGGUGCAUCCCAAUCCAAACUUCCCACUGGUUCCUCAUGUCCGGCAUCCAUCUCUGAAUUUCAUCCAACAGAAGAAAUAAGUUGCAUCUCUUUUAAAUUAGGUCCACGGUCAGUAAUUUAACAGUAAUCACAAACUCUUUACAUCACUUGAUGACAUGCAAAUUUUUAAAAUGAAUUUUAUCAUUUUUGUACAGUUUUUAUGUUUUACUUUUUGUCAUUACAUUGAUUUGUGAUACAAAUGUCAAAUAUUUUAAUACCCCCGUUUUUGAGGGGGUCCAAAAAGUGUUUUUAUUUUAUGUGUAAAGUAAGCAGGACAAAUGCAAACCUUUAUUUUUAUUAGCUGUAUUCAUACUUUGCUUGCAACAAGAUGAAGGCUUUGAAUAGAUGUUUGUUUAAAAACAAUCUAAUGUGUCACCCCAAGUAUGUAGUGCCAAAAGCAGAGCUAGCAAGAAAAAAGGGAAAAAAUCUUAAAUUUGGAAAAAAAAAGGAAAAAAAGAAAAAAAAAAGCUUCAAGAAAAUAAAGAAAAAAAGCAAACAGUUUUGUUGUGUGGCGCAGUUUCU